AUGAAUGUGUGCGUGUGAUCUUGUGUCAGUCUGUAAACAUGUGGGUGGUGUCUGAUGUGUGAUUCUGUGUGUUGAAUGUAGCGGUGUGAAGUGAGGGGACACUGAGAACUUCAUUCCUCCCUCCACGUGGGCCUGCGACCUCCCUGUAGCAGUGGGCAAGGGGCAGCAACAAACGCGGGAGGUGAAGGUCACUCAAGAGGAGGCAGGUGCCUGGAGUGGUGAGGGGCACCCUGAGGAGCCCGGUGGGCACUGAGGCAGCCAUGGGGCUCCUGACGGGGGAGGCACUAUGGACUCUGGCCGUGGUCGUGGUCAUCUUCCUGCUGCUGGUGGGCCUGAUGCCCCAGGCUGCGCGGCGCUGGUCUGCUCGCUACCCACCAGGCCCCGUGCCACUGCCUGGGCUGGGCAACCUGCUGCAGCUGGACUUCCAGAACAUGCCUUGCUCUAUUAACCAGCUGCGGCGCCGCUUCGGGGACGUGUUCAGCCUGUGGCUGGUCCGGACGCCGGUGGUCGUGGUCAACGGCCUGGCAGCCGUGCGUGAGACGCUGGUGAACCACAGCGAGGACACCGCCGACCGCCCGCCUAUGCCUAUCUACCAGCACCUGGGUUUCGGGCCGCGCUCGGAAGGAGUAGUCCUCGCGCGCUACGGACACGCGUGGCGCGAGCAGCGGCGCUUCUCCCUGUCCACCCUGCGCAACUUCGGCGUGGGCAAGAAGUCACUGGAGCAGUGGGUGACCGAGGAGGCCUCCUGCCUCUGUGACGCCUUCACUGACCAGGCCGGACGCCCCUUCUGCCCCAACGCCCUCCUAAAUAAAGCGGUGAGCAACGUGAUCUCCUCCCUCGUUUGGGGCCGCCGAUUCGAGUACGACGACCCGCGCUUCGUCAAGCUGUUGGACCUAAUGCAGGAAGGACUGAAGGAGGAGUCAGGACUCAUGCGCGAGGUGCUGAACUUGGUCCCAGUGCUCCUGCGCAUCCCAAGACUGGCUGCCAAGUUAUUCGCGGGGCAGAAGGCCUUCAUGGACAUGAUGGACGAGCUGAUCACCGAGCACAGAAUGACCUGGGACCCAACCCAGCCUCCCCGGGACCUGACUGAUGCCUUUCUGGAUGAGGUGGAGAAGGCCAAAGGGAACCCUGAGAGCAGCUUCAAUGAUGAGAACCUGCGCAUGGUGGUGUCCGACCUGUUCAGUGCUGGGAUGGUGACCACCUCAACCACGCUGGUCUGGGGCCUCCUGUUCAUGAUCAUGCAUCCGGACGUGCAGCGCCGUGUCCAGCAGGAGAUCGACGAGGUGAUAGGGCAAGUGCGACAACCAGAGAUGGGGGACCAGGCCCAAAUGCCCUUCACCAUGGCCGUGGUCCAUGAGGUGCAGCGCUUCGGGGACAUCAUUCCACUGGGCUUGCCCCACAAGACGUCCCGUGACAUUGAAGUGCAGGGUUUCCUUAUCCCCAAGGGGACGAUGCUUAUCACCAACCUGUCAUCAGUGCUGAAGGACGAGACCGUCUGGAAGGAGCCCUCCUGUUUCUACCCGGAGAACUUCCUGGACGCCCAGGGCCGCUUCGUUAAGCAGGCGGCUUUCAUGCCCUUUUCAGCAGGCCGCCGCUCCUGCCUCGGGGAGACCCUGGCCCGCAUGGAGCUCUUCCUCUUCUUCUCCUGCCUCCUGCAGCGGUUCAGCUUCUCCGUGCCCGAGGGGCAGCCCUGCCCCAGCAACCACAGUGUCUACUCCUUCCUGGCAACUCCGGUCCCUUACCAGCUCUGUGCUGUGCCCCGCUAGAGGGGGCACUGAGCCCCCAGCCCGCUCCUCAGCUGGGAGCCCCAAUGUACAAUAAACCAAUCUGGUGACUCCA